ACUGGCGGCCGGCGAGGGGUCACCACUAGGGCAGGGGUCAGGACCCCAACCUGAGCAAGGCCACGCUCAGGAGGCCUAGGGCUACCGGCGGCAAGCCACAGCCAGGGACCGGGGGAGUAACUACUAGGCCUGCGGGAGAUGCCAGCCCAGGACCGAUCUAUACGUACAUGCACACAAUGCAUACAGACACAGCUGUGCCGUGCAGUGUCCCACUCAGUUGAGGCUGUAGCUCUCUCAGCACAAUAAUAUCGCAUGGAGGGGACGAGUCAUGCCUACGGUGGCCACAAUGGCAGUGAGAUCCUGCCGCCCAGGCAAGGUAUGGUGGUCGGGGCGCCACGGCCGGCGGAGGUGUCCCCAGUAGGGAUGGUGCACAAGGUUAUGGCGCAGCCGGCGCAGAGCACGGCGAGCAAGAUGAAGGGGAAGGUGAAGGAGACCUUUUUCCCCGACGACCCGUUCCGGAGUUUCAAGGGGCAGCCGCUGCGGAAGAAGUGGUUGAUGGCUGCCAAGUACCUGCUCCCCUCCGUGGAGUGGGUGCCCGGCUACUCCUUGUCCCUCUUCAGGUCCGAUCUCAUCGCGGGCUUCACCAUUGCCAGCGUCGCCAUUCCCCAGGGUAUUAGCUACGCGAAGUUGGCAGACCUGCCGCCGAUCAUCGGCCUAUAUUCGAGCUUUGUGCCGCCACUGGUGUAUGCAGUGCUGGGGAGCUCCCAUGACCUUGCGGUCGGCCCGACGUCGAUCACGUCGCUCAUCAUGGGGUCAAUGCUGCAAAAGGCGGUGUUGGUGAGCCCUACCGCGGAGCCGGCGCUGUUCGUUCAGCUCGCCUUCACCUCCACCUUGUUCGCCGGCCUCCUGCAAGCCUCCCUCGGCAUCCUCAGGUUGGGUUUCAUCAUCGACUUCUUGUCCAAGGCGACACUGCUGGGGUUCAUGGCAGGCGCGGCGAUCAUCGUGUCGCUGCAGCAACUCAAGGAGCUGCUGGGUAUCAUCCACUUCACUGACAAGAUGGACCUUGUCGACGUCAUGGCCUCCGUCUUCCAGCAUACCGACGAGUGGUCGUGGCAGACGAUACUGAUGGGGGCGUGCUUCCUCGUGCUCCUGCUGUCAGCCAGACAUGUGAGCAUGAGAUGGCCAAAGUUCUUCUGGAUUUCAGCAUGUGCUCCCUUGGUAUCUAUCAUUAUGUCCACGGUGCUCGUUUUCAUCUUCAAAGCAGAGAACCAUGGCAUAAGCGUCAUUGGGCAUAUCAAAUGUGGCCUGAAUCACCUCUCAUGGGACAAACUACUCUUUGAUCCAAAAUAUCUAGGACUCGCCAUGAAGACUGGUCUCGUCACCGGUAUCAUCUCCCUUACAGAAGGAGUAGCUGUUGGCAGGACAUUUGCUUCAAUCAAAGACUACCAGGUGGAUGGUAACAAAGAGAUGAUGGCCAUUGGGUUGAUGAACAUUGUGGGCUCAUGUACAUCAUGCUAUGUGACAACAGGAGGAUUUUCUCGUUCUGCUGUGAAUCACAAUGCCGGCUGCAAGACUGCCAUGUCCAAUGUGAUCAUGGCGCUGACAGUCAUGGUCACACUGUUGUUUCUCAUGCCAUUGUUCGUCUACACCCCCAAUGUUGUCCUUGGAGCCAUCAUAACUGUUGCUGUCGUUGGCCUGAUCGAUGUGCCAGCUGCAUACCACAUCUGGAAGAUGGAUAAGAUGGAUUUCCUCGUGUGUUUGUGCGCAUUUGCUGGUGUCAUCUUCAUCUCAGUUGAAGAAGGCCUCGCGAUAGCGGUUGGUAUAUCUAUAUUUAGGGUAUUGAUGCAAAUCACAAGACCAAGGAUGAUAAUCCAAGGGAACAUAAAGGGAACUGAUAUUUAUCGAAACAUCCAUCAGUACGAGGAGGCUCAAAGAGUUCCUGGAUUCUUGAUACUAACAGUUGAGGCUCCUAUAAACUUUGCAAACACCAACUAUCUGAACGAAAGGACUAAAAGAUGGAUUGAGGAUGAAAGUUUUUCACGGAAUAAAAGCGAACUCCGUUUCGUAAUCUUUGAUCUAUCAGCUGUCCCUGCAAUUGAUACAAGUGGCAUAGCGUUCCUCGUUGACCUAAAGAAACCUACAGAGAAACUUGGCCUAGAGCUUGUACUUGUGAAUCCAACUGGAGAGGUCAUGGAGAAAAUACAACGAGCUAACGACCCACACAACCAUUUCAGGCCAGAUUGUCUCUAUUUGACCAUCGGGGAAGCAAUUGCCUCACUUUCUGGAGAGGCCAAUAUGGCAACACCAUAAAGUGGUUUGCCAAAUUAUUAUUUUGACCAUGUAGUUGCACUGCUAAAUUCUCAUCCAUGAAAGUGUCGACAACAAAGCCCUUUACUUCUUGGGGUUUUAUCAUUUAUGCCACUCGUUAUGUCCCAUUACUUAGUUUUGUCACUAGGAAUUUCAACUACUCAAAAAUGCCAUCGCUUCGUUAGGCGCAUGCUCAAAAAUGCCACUAGACACCAUUACCAUUGGCUCAGAUUAUGUUUGCCAUGUUAUAAUGAUAAAAAAAUUAUGGAUCAACCUCUCAGC